GCAGGCUGUGCGAUAAGAGGAAGAAACAGCACAAGAGGCAGAGAGAAGAGGGAAGUGCAGCGCUGAAAGUUAUUUGUCUGUGAAUCAAUGACUUUUGUGAGCACAGCUGCAGUGGGAGCCGCUGACAAGUAGACAGAUACGGAGAGGGAGGAAUAUUUACAGGAGCACUGCAUCUCUCUCAAUCACCUGGGCGCUCUGCAGCAGACAGACAGCCAUUCAUCAGAGACUCUCUGUGCCUGAUAUCACAUCUAAUCAAACACUUAAGAGGACAUGAAGACCGGCAAGAAAUCCUUCAUAGCUUUCAUCAAGGAGAGAAAAAUGGGUCUGAAUGACUUCAUCCAGAAGCUGGUGUCUACUCCACAUAUCUGCCAACAUGUCGAAGUUAACAACUUCCUGAAGAUUGAUGAGAAUCAGAAUGAGGAGGUCGAAAAUGAACUUCCUGAUAGUGAUAUGUGCCUAAAUUCUCAAAGUUCACUGGCUGAGGACACUCAGAUCAAACCCUGUGAUUUUGACUACCUUAGAAUCAUUGGAAAAGGCAGCUUUGGAAAGGUUUUACUGGCUCGGCACAAGGAGACCACCAAGUACUACGCUGUCAAAGUGUUACAGAAGAAAAUCAUCCUGAAGAAGAAAGAGCAAAAGCAUAUCAUGGCUGAGCGCAGUGUGCUGAUGAAGAACAUCAAGCAUCCCUUCCUGGUGGGGCUGCACUACUCCUUCCAGACUACUGACAAGCUGUACUUUGUGCUGGACUACGUCAACGGUGGAGAGCUGUUCUACCAUCUCCAGAGAGAAAGAAUCUUCCUGGAGCCCAGAGCCAGGUUCUACGCUGCUGAAAUUGCAAGUGCACUUGGCUACCUCCACUCUCUGCACAUAGUGUACAGGGACCUGAAGCCAGAGAACAUCCUGCUAGACUCACAGGGCCACAUUGUCCUAACAGACUUUGGCCUCUGCAAAGAAGGCCUUGAGCCCAACGGUACCACGACAACCUUCUGUGGGACGCCUGAGUAUUUGGCUCCUGAGGUUCUCCAGAAGCAGGCGUAUGACCGCACUGUCGACUGGUGGUGCCUGGGAUCGGUGCUCUAUGAAAUGCUCUAUGGACUUCCUCCAUUCUACAGUCGCAACACGGCUGAGAUGUACAGUAACAUCCUGCACAAGGCUCCGGUGCUCAAGGCCAACGUGUCGAAUGCAGGCAGGGACCUGCUCGAGGGGCUUUUGCAGAAGGACCGCACCAAGAGGCUGGGAGGAAAGGAUGACUUUCUUGAACUGAAGUACCAUUCGUUCUUCUCUCCAAUCAACUGGGAGGACCUGAUGGCCAAGAAGAUCACACCUCCAUUUGUUCCAUCAGUGUCUGGUCCCACGGACCUGCGACACUUUGACCCCGAGUUCACCCACCUGCCAGUGUCCUCCUCUCUUUGCACAGACACGCUGACUGUGACCAGCAGCGUCAAAGAAGCAGCCGGAGCCUUUCCCGGCUUCUCUUACGGGCCUCCAGCCGGACACUCCUUCAUGUGAUCGCCAACAUUUCUUCCUGUCUGUCCUGAGAAUGAGCAGGAAGCAGGACAAAAGCUCCAGACUGUGUUGCUUUGACACAUGGACCAAACUGGAGCGGCUUGUCUAGGAGGACGUUAUAAGAGGAUCUAACUGACAAGAACACUGAGGGAUGAGGGUCAGAUCUUGAGUUAGCUUGUGCAUGACCAGUGUACAGAUGGAGGACUCUCAUGUUACAACACAGCUGGCCCUACAGACUUCUGCCUGUCUGUAGGGCAUCAAACUGCAAUACAUAUGUGCCAUGUAUGGAUGCACGUCAUGGCCCUAAAACAUCUCUGAUGGCUCCGGUGAAGUGACAUGAAGAGAAGUGCCUGAAGUUCAAAAGGCAGUUCGGACGACAACAGCAGAGCCAGCUAUAUCGGAAAAAGCAAAAACAUCGAGGCAGUUUCUUUUGUUUGGACUUUUGACGAGGUGACGAGGUGAUGCCUUCAUUUCAUUUCUACAUAUGUCCAAGCUCUGCGUUUUUCUUAAUGUUCACACUGUGUUUUGUUUUCAUGUGAAUGCUCAAUUGCACUCGAGGAAACAAGGGUCACGAAAAGUAAAGCUUAUUUUGCUUGAAGCAUCAGAAACUUUGGAUUAGACAGCUGUAUAUCUCUUAUUUAGCUUCAUAUCUCUGCUCUGAACAAAAAAGAAACGACAGUAUCUCGAUAUUACGCACCUGCUAGUACUUCUUGGACCAAACAGACUCAUUAAGACUUUAUUUUUGACCCGUUUGUCCUCAUGAACUGAACUUUUAUUGUACUGUGUAGAAAAAGAAAAGAAGUUACAUAUAUUUUAUUAACCACAAACAUUCACUGUUUACUAGAUUAUGAAUAAUUUCUAAAUGUCGAUUAGUGUAUCAAAAUAUCCAAGUAGAUUUAUUUCAUCCAAAGCAAUAUAAUUUAUUUUUGGGUUUUCACUUCCUUGUCAUCUUCAUCUAGCGACUACAUUAGUUUAUAUCUGCUGUUUGCAAACUUUACAAAGGACUAAGGAAGAGUUCAACCAGCAAUAACAGCCCCACAUCAAUGAUAGCACAUGGAUACUGUAUAUCAAUCUUAUUUUAACUUAAAAGUGAUUGCUGUUUUAUUGCAAACACUCCAGACAAACUGUAGAGUCUAUGAUCACAAAUGUCUGUGUAUUUAUGCAUCAUGUAGAGAAGAACUGUGAAUGUCUUGUGCCUGUCCAAGGCGGCCUGAUCCAUGUAUAAUGUAUCUACAUAUCUCUUCCCCCUAAACCUGUUGGUUCCUUUUUCUAGAAAGAUAUCUUUAAAAGAAAAAAGCUUAAUGAACUCGGUGAGGAACCCGCUGGGUGGAGUAGGCACUGGCGUUGUUGAGCCUCGGGCCUCCUGCGUAAGAUGGUUCUGGAAAGUGCAAUAAAAUAUUGUUAACACGGAAAGAAUUAAAUAUUUUAUCUCUUUUUAUCAAAAGUGUAAGGCAACUUUAUGCUCUGAUAGUCAUUAUUAAGAGAGGCUUUUCACCUGAGCACGGAUUACUCAUGAUAUCUUUACUCCAUUUUUUAAAAUCUCCAAAUUUCAGGUUUCUGCAUCCUCAGAAAAGAAUUUUAAAGCCUGCUGAAAAUAAUCAUACUAAAAAAACAAGGCAGCACACAGCUCUAGAUCAUUUUCUUCCAUAUUUGGAAGCGUUAAGUUUCUGUUUUGUAUUUUUUUUAUGUAUAUUUAUUUUCAUGCCACUGCUACUGUACAAACAAGACUAUUUACAUGAUCAACUGAAAAAACUGAACUGUAAUCUGUGUCAGAAAUGGCAAAUAAAGUCUCUAAAUCUAA